GGUCGAAGUUCACCGAAAUGGAGCGGCAGGACGAUAGUGGCUCGACGCGGGCCGACAAUGCCAGGGUCGCGGAGGAUGACGGCAACUUCGAUCUCGACGAUCUUUUGCCGAUUGUUGGCGAGUUCGGUCGUUAUCAGAAACAGUUGCUGUGGCUGGUCUGCUUGCCGGCGUGUUUGCCGUGCGGUUUUUGUGCCUUCAAUCAAUUGUUCAUGGCGGACACGCCGUCGCAUUGGUGCAAGGUGCCGGGUUUGGAGAACAUGGACGUUGCUCGUAGAAGACGUCUCGCCAUUCCCGCGAGCCAGGUGCAGUCGAUGGAUGACAACGAGACGUAUAGCCAGUGCACGCGAUACGAUAUCGACUGGACGACGACGAUGGAGAACUAUUCCGUCGUGGCAACGUACUUGCCCGUGCCUAACGCGUCGUGGUCUGUCGUGCCCUGCGAUCAUGGCUGGGAAUACGAAACCUCGGAGAUAACGUCGUCCAUCGUUAUCGAUUUUGAUCUUGUGUGCGAUCGUGCGAUCUAUCCAACAAUUGGUUUAGUGGCCCUUAAUGCAGGAGGCCCUAUAGGAGUAUAUUUGUUUGGUACAUUAAAUGACAGAAUCGGCCGGAGAUUAUCUUUCUUCACGUGCUUGGCGACAUUAAUAAUUGGCGGCUUUCUAACAUCAAUCUCAAACAAUUUUUGGACUUGGGCCUCCACGCGCUUUGUCGUUGGUCUGACAAUACCAGCGAUUUAUCAGAUACCUUUUAUUAUAUCUUUGGAGCUGGUCGGUCCAAAUUACCGUUCAUUCGUGACAGUUAUGACUUGCACUUUUUAUACAAUGGGCCUUUGCAUGCUGGCAGGUGUCACCUAUUUGAUACGCGAUUGGCGAACGCUCGCGAUAACUACGAGUGCGCCUUUCCUGAUAUACUUCUUCUACUGGUGGUUCUUACCGGAGUCACCGCGGUGGUUAUUAGCGAAGGGUCGCCUAAGCGAAGCUAAUGACAUUCUUGAAACUUUGGCUCGCGUAAAUGGCAAAGAACUUCCGGUAUCGUUCACGCAGAAGCUCCGUCAGCGUAUGACGAUGUCGAGGUCGAAGAGCGAGGAGGAGAGAUUACGGAUCGGUCCCGGUGUGCUCUCGCUCUUCAAAUCGCCAAAUAUGCGUCUCAAGACGUGUCUUAUCACUUUAAACUGGUUUGCCAAUAACAUGGUGUAUGUCGGUCUUUCCUAUUAUGGGCCGGCUCUGGGAAACGAAGAACAUUUGAGUUUUCUGUUUUCUUCCCUCGCCGAGAUUCCCAGUUAUAUCGCUUGUUGGGUUGUAAUGGAUCGAUGGGGUCGCCGAUGGCCGCUUUGCCUGUGCAUGGUCGUGGCUGGAGUGUCGUGCAUUGCAACGGUGCUGUUAUCGUCCGAUGCUGUCAUGGAAACGUUGAUACUAUUUCUCAUAUCGAAGUCUGCGAUAUCGGCGUCAUUUUUAAUUAUUUACCCUUUCGCCGGGGAGCUUUAUCCUACGCAACUACGCGGAGUUGCCAUUGGUUUCUCCGCAUACAUAAGCGGCCUUGGACUCAUCAUUAUACCCUUCGUAACAUAUCUCGGGAAAGAAAAUCUUGUGUUGCCUUUAGUUAUUUUGGGCGUGAUCUCGGUAAUUGGUGGCUUAUCUGGACUGCGACUACCGGAAACAUUGCACCACCGUCUGCCACAGACGGUUGAGGAAGGAGAAUUAUUUGGCAAAGAUUGGACGUGCGCGGAUUGCAUCCGUUGCGUUCCAACAAAACCCUCAUCGAUCGCGACUUCUUAUGAGGAUUUAUCAACGCGAGAAACAGUAGAAAUGCAGGAAGUACCCGAAAUGAGGGUUACUUCAUCCAUUUUGGAAGAGAAUCAACGGCCGAGCGUGGCAAGUGUUCGCCGUUUGGUUCGCCAAUCUAGCGUGAUGGAUACUCAACGCGAUUCCGACGGGACUAUGAAGAUGACUUAUUGGUUUUAGUUCGGGUCGUUUUGAACCGAGUGCAGUUCUAGUCAAAAUAAAGUGGAAUUUUGUCCUAUUUCUUCUGCAAUUGAAUUUAAUAUUUUUUAAUAAUUUGAUUAAACAGUUAUAUUUUAUUUGUUUAUUAUUGAUCUAUAAAAUA